CAGGUAUUCUGAAUCCAGGCCCUGGUUACGUUGCUAAGCUGAAUUCCCUCUCUGAGGCAGUCCAGGUUUCUUGGCCUUCUAUGCAUUCCUGGUCUCAUAAAAGUGCCCCAGGGCAAACCUGGGCUGUGACAUACAGCUGAUUAAUUGGUUAGGCAAAUUGACUAAAAGUAGUUUGCUUUUUAACUGGGCAAAAACAACCAUAGGCAGCAGAAGCUGUCUUUGUGAAUUUGGAAUGCCUGUUGCAGUGCGGUAUUUGUGUCGCUUAGAAACAGGUGUUUGUUUUCUUCCUGAUGACAGAUAUGGCAGAUAAUCAUAAAGAAAAUUGGGUAGCCUUGGUGGCUGCAGCAGAACAAUACCGGCGUAAAACAGGCAACGAAAUUGUUUUGCUCACUGCUUUCCAGGCACCACCUCCUGGCAACUACAGCUAUACGCAGCAUGGGAGUGGGGCUCUAGCAGAUGCCGUUCAAAGCUACCUCGAAGAUAUUGCAGUGGUUCAUAAAACCACUGCUUUUACCUAUGCUGCCCGCCCUCCCUCAAACCCUCAUCCACCUCCCCCACAAGGAUCCUAUUCCCAAAGUUACCCUCCUACUUAUGCUCCAGAUGAAUCUGCCCCACACAGGACACCAGCCUUCCAAGGAGGUCUGCCUCAGGCUUCGGGAAGCCAAGAACGUGAAGAUGAAGAUGAUGAAGGUGACAGAAAUACAUUGACUGAACUGGAACAACCCAGUGGAAGAGAACCUCCUAGUGACACUACUGGUCUGUUUGUGAUGGAUGAAGAUUCUCCAAGCCAAGAUUAUGAGCCUUUUUUUGAUUCUGAUGUGGAAAGCACUGACGAUGGGAGUCUGAGUGAGGAGGCUCCAGGACAGACAGCUCCUCCACCCCCAAGCCAUCAGUAUGCCAAAUCCCUCCCUGUCUCCGUGCCCAUCUGGGGCUUUAAAGAACAACGCCAAGAGAUACGAUCCUCUGACGAAGAGAACAGUAAGCAUUCGUCUCCUGACCUCGAGAAGAUUGCCGCCAGCAUGAGAGCUCUGGUGCUGCGGGUUUCAGAUGGCACCGAGAUGUUUGGAGACCUGCCUCGGCCACGCCUGAAUACGAGUGACUUUCAGAAGCUGCAUCGGAAAUAUUAAUAGAUCUGGCCGUUGGUCCUGCUGCCUCGGCACCAUUUUCCUCCACUACCAAAAAUCGGUAGACAGGGUUCAGAGCUCCUCUCAAGCCAUACUGUUCAAAUUCUGUCCCUCCGGCCUUUGCUUCCACAAGCUUUAAUUUAAAAUGGGCAACCUCAAUUUCACACUACAGAUGGGCACAGUUGACUGGGUAACUCCGGGAGCACACACCUUAAAUUUUCCACAGUUGAAAAACACUGCCUUAGCUAGAGCAGCCCUUCUGAGAGGGGCUUCUGACACACCUUGACAAAACAGACUCACACAAAGACAGAAACACUAGAGACACCCUGACAAAAAUAGCUCUGCCACACCAAUCAAUCUUUCUUCUUCAACAAGUUGUUGGAAAUUGUUCGUCUCCCUUUUUUUUCCUCCCCAAUUAAGUGUCUUAAAAAAAAUCCUUUGCACACAAACUGGGCUUGGGUUCUAUGCCACUCUGCUGUUCGUUUCCUUCUCUCCCACUUGUAUAAAUCUCCCCAUUUCCAGGAGUAGAAUUUCAGGGCCCUUUUUACUUUUAGGGAGGUUGGUGCAAAUGUGCCCUUGUGGCAGGUGAGUUGUGAAAGAGGGUCUAGGGGCUGUGUGUAGAGCCUCGGACUGAUCCCACAACAACUCACCCUACUUUUUGUAUCAGAUUUUCAAGAGCCGUUUCUGGCUCAAACCCUCUAUUUUUGUCCAAAGAUGAUUGGUGAAUUGGAAGAGAGAGAGGAUGUUUUUAUCUCCUUCCUGCCAGCCUAUAAGCCAAUAAUAAUAAAAAGUUUGUCUUUACCAGCU